CUGAAGUUAUUUCGAAAGGUCAUUAACUGAUUUCAUGUAACAUUACUUUGUUAUAAGCUGUUCACUUUAUACUGGUCUAAUUUUAAUCAGUUUUGAAAGGCAUUUUGAACAGAAUUAAACUAAAUUUGAAGUCGACAGAAGAAAAGUUUGAAAAUCUACCAAAAAUAUGAAUUUGAUAAAAGUUGUCCCAGUUUUGCUACUUUUUGUCGCUGUAUUCGCCUUUCCCGGAAAAGAGGAAAAAAUUGACUCGAAUGAAAAUAAAUCGUAUUUGGAAGAAAUUGAAAGUGAGUUCAAAGACGAGUUCGAAGAUUGGAAAAAGUUGUUCAAAAAAGAGUACAAAAGUUUCGAGGAAGAAAUUACAAGAUUCUCCAUUUGGCUCAGCAACUUGAGAUAUGUGAAUCAACACAAUCUAGAAGCGAGUCUGAACAAAUCCUCGUUCACAACUGCCCUCAACGAGUACUCUGACCUCUCCAUUUAUGACGUCAGAAGUACUAUGAAUGGGUACAAAUACGAGAAGAAACUGCAGAUGACAGAAAAGCCGAGCGGGGCGAAAAUGUUCACGAAACCAGCCGAAUCGAAAGCGCCGGAGAGUAUCGACUGGCGAGAAAAAGGGUACGUGACGCCAGUGAAGAACCAAGGCCAGUGUGGAUCCUGCUGGUCAUUCUCUUCCACAGGCUCGCUGGAGGGACAACACUUCGCCAAGACUCACAAACUGGUGUCUCUGAGCGAGCAGAAUUUGGUGGACUGCACGCGUAGCUAUGGGAACAUGGGCUGUAACGGGGGACUGAUGGACUACGCCUUCCAGUAUGUGAAGGACAACGGGGGGCUGGACACUGAGAAGAGUUACCCCUACGAGGCAGAAAACGACAAAUGCAGAUUCCAGAAAAGCGAUGUCGGAGCUACCGAUGCCGGCUACCGGGACAUCCCCGCAGGCGAUGAAGAUGCACUCAAAGAAGCAGUCGGAACAAUCGGGCCAAUCAGCAUCGCCAUCGACGCAUCACAUAUGAGCUUCCAAAUGUACAGCGGCGGGGUCUACAACGAACCCAACUGCUCCCCGGAACAACUGGACCACGGAGUGCUAGUCGUCGGCUACGGGACCGAAGACGGCCAGGAUUACUGGAUCGUCAAAAACUCGUGGGGUGAAUCUUGGGGUGAAAAUGGGUACAUCAAAAUGUCCAGAAAUAGAAACAACCAGUGUGGUGUUGCUACAUCGGCUAGCUACCCCGUCGUCUAAUCCGCCUGUCGUCUUACUGACUUGUCGUCUAACUGACUUGUCGUCUAAUCGACUUGUCGUCUAAUAUAACUGUAGUUUGAAUGAUCACUCGCAUUAUUGAACGUAAUUUGAACACAGAAGAUAACUAAAAACAUUAAUUUAUAUUUAAAUAUUUGUUAAUUACUAGCGUUUAGCCAUAAAGUCGAAAUCUAUAUACGAAGUAGUUAAAAUGAGUAUAUUUGAGAUGUAAAUGGUAGUCAGAAACUGUAUUCAAAAUGUAUUUAGUCUGAUCAAUUUAUUGAGGUUGUAGAUUAUAAUUAGUAACCUUAGAAAUAAAUAAAAUAGCAGAUUAUAAA